AUGGAAGAAUUUGCCAGUUGCUUGACAAAGGAUAGAAUCGAUGCGCUGUUAAAUGACGUGAAGGAGGUGGCUGAAUUGAAAGAUGAAAAUUCUCGUCUGCAGUAUCGCUGCGGAAUUUUGGAACAGGCACUUAAAGCACAACUGUCUUCCAGUGCGGAGGCUUCAUCGCCGAGCACGAACUGUUCAAACGAUCCCCGCAUGGAUUGGAGUCACUUUCUCGAUGAAUAUAAAAGCGUCGUCGAGUAUAUUAAAUUCCAGUUUUCGUCGUCCCUUCGCAGGACAUAUGCAUCUGUCAACGUACCGAUUGUCAUUACAGAGGCAACGAAACAUGCAUUUGGCGAUUAUCAGUUUAACGGUGCCAUGUCGGUUGCGCAGCAACUUUCCAAAGCUGGUCAGAAGAUCAGUCCUCGAUCGAUCGCUGAAAAUAUCGUUUCACAGAUUCACAUCGACGAACGGCUCAUUAGUAAGCUCGAAGUUAGCGGGCCAGGGUUCGUAAAUAUACAUUUGAACAAGGACGCCGUCUCUGAAUAUGUAAAGCAGUCGUACAUCAACGGUUUAAAAGGGCCAAAGAUUCGGAAGAGACGCGCUGUAGUAGAUUUUUCUUCGCCAAAUAUCGCCAAAGAGAUGCACGUUGGCCAUUUGAGAUCGACGGUCAUCGGUGACAGCAUCUGUCGGUUACUAGAAUAUGAGGGCUUCGAUGUUUUGCGAAUUAAUCACAUCGGCGACUGGGGAACCCAGUUCGGCAUGCUCAUUUGCAACCUGCAAGAUCGAUUUCCGAAUUAUCUCCAUGAAUCCCCUCCGUUGUCCGAGUUGCAGCACUUGUACAAAGAAUCGAAGUUGCGGUUUGACAGUGAUGAGGAGUUCAAGAAGAGAGCUCAUUUAUGUGUUGUGCGACUGCAAAAUGGUGAUCCUGAUUUUAUUAAGGCGUGGAAACUGAUUUGCGACGUCUCACGGAAAGAUUUCGCGAAAAUCUAUAAAAGACUGGACAUCAAAAUCGAGGAGAAGGGUGAGUCAUUCUAUCAGGAAAGAAUGCACAACAUCGUUAUGAUGAUGGAGGAGAAAGGUCUGCUCACUGAAGACGAGGGUAGAAAAAUUGUUUUCCCCGAAGGCUUCAAUGUUCCCCUCACCGUUGUUAAGAAAGACGGCAGUUACACGUAUGAUACUUCUGAUCUGGCUACUUUACAAUACCGGAUAUUCGAACAGCAGGGCGAGUGGAUAUUGUACGUCGUCGAUGCCGGUCAGAGUUUUCAUCUGCAACAGAUCUAUCAAAUGGGACGGCAGAUGGGUUGGUAUGAUCCGGAAAAGAUCAGGGUCGAACAUGUACAAUUUGGUGUUGUUCUUGGUGAAGACAGGAAGAAAUUCAAGACCCGUUCUGGCGAAACAGUGAAACUUAACGAUUUAUUGGAUGAAAGCUUGAGAAGGUCGCUUGCUAAGCUGAAGGAAAAGAAUCGCGAGGAUGUUCUCUCUCCGGAAGAGUUGCAACUUGCGCAAGAGGCGAUCGCGUAUGGUUGCAUCAAAUAUGCAGAUUUGUCGCGCAAUCGAUCUAACGAUUACGUAUUUUCGUUUGAUAAGGUAAUAAUUUAG